AUGAUGGAUUGGACAGGCGGCCAGCUGCAGCGUCAUCACACUCGCUCAGGCCUACUGACCAAAGCCCAGAAACAAAAUUUCGCCAAAUCCAGACUCCAUGCAAAGGGCACGGCCAUUCUCCCACCCUCUCCAUUUCGCAACUUUCCAGACAUCAAGGGCUCGAGCACCGAGAAACCAGAGACAAACAAUAAUCAAUUGCCUGCAGAAGAACCGGUUUCACAUCCGCCUGCAGUACACCAGACACAGUUUCAGAAAUCGGGUGCCAACGAGCUGAGUGAUAUCAAGCGACAACUUCUCAACGAAUCCGAUUGGGCAGCUAUAUCAGUGACACGUCCCCUUGAGCUGACAUUCACGUCCGCCGAGGAAAUAGAGCGCUUUGGCAAACGACGAAGAUUGAAUGAUCAAGAUAGAAAGAGACUGGUCGCAACUAACAACAAUGGGUCGACUUUUUUCGAGCUGCCUGAACGAAGGGCCAGAAAUCCAUCGUCCGUGAUCGAUACUAUUGAAGGAAUCCAGAUCGAAAUUAAUGGACGACCGGUGAGACGGUCCAAUGACAGCUCCGACGUUGCAAUUAGCAGUCUCUCUUCGCAAUCAAUGCUGCUUGAUCAUGAAGGGUCCGCGGCAUCCGAAUGGGAAGAGAAAGAGAACCUAACAGCUACCUGGAUUACCAAUCUGUUUCCCGGGCCAAACUAA